CACUUUUUCCUCACUGAGAGUGAGAAUUGAAGCAAAAUCUAAAUUUCUCAAACACUGUUUGCUGCUUUUAGAUCUUCCCCAUUCUCAGCUCGUCCCAAAUCCUAGGGUUUUAUUUGCUUGGCUACAGUAAAGAAGAUCUCUGCCGCUUUUGUCGCCCAAAAUAUGAAUCUCAACAUCUUCAAGAAGAAAACUUCGCCUAAAGAUGCGCUUCGAACAAGUAAGAGAGAAAUGGCGGUUGCCACAAGAGGCAUUGAACGUGAAAUUGCUUCUUUACAAAUGGAGGAGAGGAGAUUAGUGGCAGAGAUCAAGAAAACUGCUAAAACAGGAAAUGAGGCUGCAACUAAAAUCUUAGCUCGUCAAUUAGUCCGCCUUCGGCAGCAAAUCACAAACUUGCAGGGGAGCCGUGCUCAGAUUAGAGGUGUGGCAACUCAUACACAGGCCUUGUAUGCUACUACUUCAAUUUCUACUGGCAUGAAAGGAGCAACCAAAGCUAUGUCUGCUAUGAACAAGCAAAUGCAACCUGUAAAACAAACUAAAAUGAUCAGAGAAUUCCAGCAACAGGCAGCGCAGCUGGACAUGACGAUUGAAAUGAUGUCUGAUGCAAUUGACGAGACACUAGACAAAGACGAGGCUGAAGAAGAAACCGAAGAACUUACUAACCAGGUCCUUGAUGAGAUCGGUGUUGACAUUGCUUCACAGCUAUCUUCAGCUCCAAAGGGGCGGAUUGCAUCAAAGAAAGUCGAGAACGCUGCCCCUAGUGCUUCUGAGUCUACUGAUGUCGAGGACCUUGAGAAAAGGCUGGCAUCUCUUCGACGAAUAUGAGUGAUGUAUAAUCAUUCAUAGGUUAUAUAGUUCUACCAAAAAAUAUAUGUAUAAAUAAAUCACUAUUAUAUCAAAAACUUGAGCUGGAUUAAAGAAUUUUUACUCUUUAUACUUAGGUGCCUUUCCUUGUACUAGUGCUUUUUGAGAAUUGAGGAGAGUUGAGAUCAUGUUUAAUUUGC